ACCGCGCGUGCUUUCCUUGUUAAAAAAAACUCAAAACAAGGGAGAAGCAAGGUGGCUACCGAUGAGUAACAGUACCACAUUCAGGUGCUGUCUGCAGUCUUGUUGGAAAGUUCAGUCCUUGCCACCAACAACAUUGUAUACUUUUGCAGCCUGGCUAUACUGUGCAACAUCAAAGAUAAUAGAGAUGCAGAGAAAAAGUUCUACAAAAUAUUCAGUGAAACAGUUGAAGGCUAAAAAGAGCAAGCUCCUAGAGGAUGAUCACCAUGAUGAUUAUGCAUGCAAGAGGCAGAAGCUGCCUGAGGUGACUGGAGGAGGCAAAAGGUUGUCGGAUGCCAUAUGUAUUUCCCGCAGGGAAACUGCCUCAUCAGUGGCAGAGUUCAAAUUCAACAAGAAGCGGGUCCGAAUAUUGUCAGAGACGGAGGAUAUUGUAGAUGGAUCAGAUGGCAUCCUGUACUGGAUGUCCAGGGAUCAGCGGGUACACGAUAACUGGGCAUUGCUGUUUGCACAGCGCCUGGCUCUUAAGCAGAAGCAGCCCCUCCAUGUGUGUUUCUGUUUGGUACCACGCUUCCUUGAGGCAACCAUUCGCCACUUUGGUUUUAUGCUAUGUGGCCUACAGGAAGUGGAAAAGGAAUGUACUGAGUUGGACAUCUCCUUCCAUCUAUUAAUUGGUUAUGCAAAAGAUGUUUUGCCAGAGUUUGUGAAGUCAAAUCACAUUGGAGCAGUGGUCACCGACUUCUCCCCAUUGCGGGUCCCACUACAGUGGCUGCAAGAUGUCAAAGAUAGACUGCCAGAAGGUAUUCCCUUUGUACAGGUUGAUGCCCAUAAUAUUGUACCUUGCUGGGUUGUCUCAGACAAGCAAGAGUAUGCAGCAAGGACUAUCCGCAAAAAGAUUCAUGAUAAACUGCCUGAGUUUCUGACAGAGUUUCCCCCUGUGGUGCUACAUCCUCAUUGCACCAAGAUCAAAACUAAGGAGGUGGACUGGGAGAAAGCACGUGCCUCUUUGGAAGUAGACCACACUGUAAAGGAGGUGGACUGGGCUAAGCCUGGAACUCUAGGAGGACUGGCUGUCCUUGAGUCAUUUAUUUCAGAGAGACUCAAGAUCUAUUCAUCUGACCGCAAUGAUCCUAACAAAGAAGCACUCAGCAAUCUUUCACCCUGGUUCCAUUUUGGCCAGCUAGCAGUGCAGCGUGCAGUGCUUGAGGUGCAGAAAUUCCGUAGUAAAUAUCGUGAGUCUGUUGAGAGCUUCAUUGAGGAAUCGGUAGUAAGGAGGGAACUGUCUGACAACUUCUGCUUCUACAAUCCUAGAUAUGACUCCUUGGAUGGGGCCUUUGAGUGGGCCAGGAAGACCCUCGAGGACCACACCAAGGACAAGCGUACUCACCUGUAUUCACGUGCAGAACUAGAGGAAGGCAGAACUCAUGACCCACUUUGGAAUGCAGCACAGCUGCAGAUGGUUCAUGAAGGGAAAAUGCAUGGCUUCCUGAGGAUGUACUGGGCAAAAAAGAUACUGGAGUGGACCCAUUCCCCAGCAGAGGCCUUAGAAAUUUCCAUUUACUUGAAUGACAGAUAUGAGCUAGAUGGACGAGACCCAAAUGGAUAUGUUGGGUGUAUGUGGUCAAUCUGUGGAACUCAUGAUCAAGGGUGGUCUGAAAGAGCAGUGUUUGGGAAGAUUCGAUACAUGAAUUAUGCAGGGUGUAAGAGGAAGUUUGAUGUCAACCAGUUUGAGUACAGAUACAACCAUAAGAAAUUCACUCCCUGACUGUAAGAGCUCACUGGCUUGACUAUUUUGAAUUACAAAGGUUAAUUCUGAUCCUGAUACUUCAGCAGGCUGGGUCUUAAAUAUGAGCUCUGUUAAUGAUCCAAGACCUGUGGAAUUGUCUAACAGGUUGUAGGAUGUGUACUUGUCUAAUCCAACCUGUUAAUCUGUGCUACUUUUUUACUGGGUAUCUGUUACUAAACAGCAUUGCUUGCUGGUAGCUGAUGUCAUUGAAAGUCAAGACAAUACUGACCAAUGACACUUAGGUGUAUUAUGUAUCCAUUCAUUUCUCUUACAUUUCUAUAUCAUUUUAUGUAUACUAUUUUGAAAUAUAUCUUUAUAUAAAAAUGA